CACGUAAAAGGCCUGAGGGUAAGACAGCUGUAGCAGAAACUAUUUGUGUGAUGUUGGUGUGAGAAAGAAGUUUGUAAUUUUGUCUACUGAAGUUGCAUUUAAUUUACCACCACAGAGAGAUGGCCCUUAGUGGCUUUGUCGACUUUUUCCAGAAAGGAAAGACCUUCAAACCAAAGAAAAAAUUUGAACCUGGAACAUUGCGAUACUCCUUACACACACAAGCACAGGCUUCAUUAAGUUCUGGAAUUAAUCUCCGAGCUGCAGUUUUACUUCCCCCUGGUGAAGAUCUGAAUGACUGGAUAGCAGUUCAUGUGGUAGAUUUUUUCAAUCGCAUUAAUUUGAUCUAUGGCACCAUUUCUGACUAUUGCACUGAAACAUCAUGCCCCACAAUGUCAGGAGGGCCCAAAUUUGAAUAUCUUUGGGCUGAUGGCAACAAAUACAAGAAACCUACAAAACUACCAGCACCUCAGUACAUCUCAUUGCUGAUGGAAUGGGCAGAAGCUCAAAUUAACAAUGAAUCUCUUUUCCCUGUUAGCACUGAUAUCCCAUUUCCGAAGACGUUCUCCAGCCAGUGCAAGAAAAUUCUAACGCGUCUUUUUCGUGUAUUUGUCCACGUUUAUAUUCACCAUUUUGAUCGUCUGGUUGCGAUUGGUGCUGAAGCGCAUGUUAACACGUGCUAUAAACAUUUCUUUUAUUUCAUUCGUCAAUUCGAUCUAAUUGGUGAUCGAGAACUGGAACCUUUGCAAGAGAUGACAGCCCAUAUUUGCAAAGAUCCUCCCAUCGAGUGCAUCAACUCCCCGUCACGCUCUAACAAUCGAUGAUGGCAACCCAGUCAAUGUAAAUAGGAAAAGAAAUUAAACAGGUGUGUUCCUUCAGAUAUUGUAUCCCCUGUUAUUGACCGAAUUUUCCAUAAUAUUAUUUAACCUGUAACAAGUUUGUUUUCACCCCAUAUAUUCGGUAUGUACUGUCUCGUGUAAUUGUUGAAUCCGACAUUUUUUUUCUUUCUUUUUAACAUUAUUGCAAUGAUUAAAAAAUCCGAAUUCUUAGCAACCCACGUAAGAUGCAUCUCGGCAAUACAAAUCUCCUAUUUCACUGCUCAA